AUGACCUGGUGUAACGCUGAUGAUAUCUGCCGAAGGUCAGGCGGCCAUCUUGUGUCCAUCAACGACGCCACUGAGCAACAAUACAUUCAGAACUUCACGAUACGACAUGCCCCACGAGCCAAGGUGUGGAUCGGAUUGUUUGACAAAGGAUCGGAAGGCGUCUACCACUGGCUCUCGGGUGAAAAGGUGGCCUAUACCAACUGGGUAAGUGGCCAUGUUGACCAUGCCUCUAAAGACUGUGUGAUCUUGGACCCGGCGAGAGGGGGUGUCUGGGACGACGGUGAUUGUACUCCCGGAUUGUUCAUAUUUGGUGAAGGAGAAGACCAUUACUUCGGGCUCUGUAAAUUUAGUAAGUAA